AUGGGUCUUACUACAAGUGGAAUAAUGAAGAGGCCACUUAAAAGGGAAGCUUCAAAGCCAGAUGAUGAGGUAAUAGCACAAAGGAUGCUAAAUCUCAGUAGUAAAGAUAAUACCCUCAAGAAAUAUAUAGAAGACAAUCGAUGGGAAAGAAAAACUGUAACUAUAUGGGAUAAAGUCGACGGCUCUUCACUUGAAGACUUUCCUCGACUAACAUUGGCUGAUCUGCAUAGACUCACCAUCGGCGUUUAUCAACUGAAGCAAGCAGCAUCUUAUACUCGAGAGCACUUAGCUAGUAGAAUCGCUGAUAAUGAUGAUGAUGAAGACAAUUAUUAUACAAUGUAUGUUCACAAAGAAGAAGAUACAUCAUCACAUCAGUAUCAACUUUGGAUACGUUAUACUAAGGAAGGAUUUGACCCUAUCCAAGAAUGGCAUUGCAAAUGUAAAAAUGGUUCUCUAGUUGUAGGAUGCUGUGUGCAUAUUUCGUCAGUCCUUUGGUACUUGGGUAAUUAUAGGCAUUUACCUACAAAACCAAAGUUCCAUAGUGAUCAGUAUGCAGAUUUUCAAGUUGAUGCCGCAAACUGGUCUGAGAGCGAGGCUUCAGAAAAUAAAGAACAGGAACCCCAAUUGGGCAAUUUCACUAUUGAGAGUGAUGAAGAGGAAAUGCUUGAAACUGAUCAGUACAGUAUAGACGAUGAUGACAAUGAGUUAAGAGCUACCGGUCCUGAAGGACACCCCCCUGAUCAUCAUCCAAAAGCAGGUUUACUGGAUACUAAUUUAUCCUAA